UGAUCGAAUGGUGGUCAGUACGUUUGCUCAUCCAUCACUCAUGCAGGUUUGAGCUAGCUGCAAUAAUUAGUGCACUAACAAACAGGAGACGGAUUUGCUGAGAGCAAUGACAAGAACAUCUCGCUGGAAGAUAUAUAAUCAAAUCUCAUCCAAACAAAUCGAUCCCCCGUUUAUUCCCACCAUUUACUUGAUCCCCGUCAAUCGAAUACAAAAAGAGGUCGUAAUCGCCUUCUUCUUAAAAAGAGCACACAGCUCCCUCCGAUCCGGCCUCCUCCCCACCGCACUCUCCUCACCUCACCUGACCGCGCACUCUCCUCACCUCACCUCGCCAAUGCUCUCCACUACCUCCCCGGUCCCACUCCUCGACACGCCGGCGCCCUCGACGGACGCCGACGCCAAAAAUGGCACGGCGAGUCGGCGGCGCGCGCGGCUGCUGCUGCUGUGCGCCAACUACGCUGCGCUCCUCGGUGGCUCCGUGGCGUCCAGCCUGCUGUCCCGGUACUACUUCGCGCACGGCGGGUGCGACCGGUGGGUGGCCACGCUGGUGCAGUCGGUCGGGUUCCCAGUCCUGCUGGUGCCCGUCUACGCCGGCCGGCCCGCCUCCCACUCCCAGUCCCAGUCCCAGCCCCGGCCGUUCGCGUGGCUCACGCGGCGGCCGCUGCUGGUGGCCGCGUGCGUCGUCAUCGGCGUGCUCAUGGGCGUGAACAACCUGCUCUUCUCCUACAGCUCCUCGUAUCUGCCCGUGUCCACCUCGUCGCUGCUGCUGUCCACGCAGCUGGCCUUCACGCUCGUGCUGGCCGCCGCCAUCGUGCGCCACCCGCUCACCUUCUCCAGCCUCAACGCCGUCGUGCUCCUCACGCUCAGCUCCGUGCUGCUCGCGCUCCGGUCGUCGUCGGCCGAGCGCCCCGACGGCGGGAGCCGGGCCAGCUACCUCGCGGGCCUCGCCGUCACGCUCGGCGCCGCGGGGCUCUUCGCCGCCUACCUGCCGGUGAUGGAGCUGGUGUACCGCAGGGCCGUGUCCGGCGGGUUCCGCAUGGCGGUGGAGGUGCAGGUGGUCAUGCAGGCCGCCGCGACGGCCCUGGCGGUCGCCGGGCUGGCCGCGGCUGGCGGCGGGUGGCGCGGGGAGCUGGCGCGCUGGGACCUCUCGCCGGCCGCGUACUGGGCGGUGGUGGCCGCGCUGGUGGUCACGUGGCAGGCCUGCUUCAUGGGCACCGCCGGGAUGGUGUACCUGACGUCGUCGCUGCACAGCGGCGUGUGCAUGACCGCCGUGCUCACCGCCAACGUGAUCGGCGGCGUGGCCGUGUUCCGCGACCCGUUCGGCUGGGAGAAGGCCGUGGCCACGGUGCUCUGCGUCUGGGGCUUCUCCUCCUACCUGUACGGUGAGUACAGCACCACGCAGCAGGCGCAGGAAGAAGGCGACCGCAAGGUGGCGGCCGCGUCCGACGGAGGUGGCGCGGGGCACAAGAGUGUUGCUAGUGAUGUGGUUUAGGAUCAGGAGGAGAUCCACUUGAAGCCGUUUGAUGGAGCUCGCUGGACGCUAGUCUUUUGCAUUUCUAGAAUCUAGAGCACAUAAUACAUGUUGAAACAAUGGAGGUGUGAAGUGAAGUGAAGAAGAUGUCAGCAACAUGAAGGGUACAUCCAUUAGAUGUGUCCUAUAGCUAGCUGCACAAUGCAUGUAACAUAAUCUAGGCAUGCAUGACACAAGAGAGACAAAUGUUGUGUACAUAUACUACAUAAUGUUGAACAGUCCAUAUGAUAGUGAGAGGGAGAAAGGUAUAUAUGGUGGUGGUUCAGUGCUUACUUGUUUGUGAGGUUUAAGGUUUGUGUCACUGUGCAUAGAUGGAUUGAGGGGUAGGUUUUAUAGAAUCUGUAGAGACAAGUGCUGCUACCCUGCUGUAUUAUAACCUGAUUUGAUCAACCAAAUGUACAAUUACUUUCUUGGA